AGACCUUGCUGCAAGUACUAUCCAAGCCGGCGGUUAAAUGUAAACCAAACAGGUCCAAUACCGAUAAUAAGAAAAUAGAAGGAGACCUGCACCAAACCUCAAAUUUCGGUGGCCAGCCGUCUCUUCUUCGGUGUUACAUAACCUGCUCAUCAAACCCCUCGGCCCUGAAAUCUAAGAAGGAGCAUCAUAAUAAGAAGCAGGAGGUUUCUAGUGUAUAUUGUGACCGAUUCCCUCGUUUAUCUGCAAAUUAUCCAUGGUUUGUCGUUCAGAACAUGGAAAACGACAUGGAUGUCCACUUUUUCUCCACAUUACGAAACCCGUUGUUUAAAUAUCAUUGUCGGAUCCCUGACCUGAUCGGGAAACGUAUUUGGAGAUGUUUCCAUGGCUGGUUGAUUCUCUCCAACCAUCCUCACAACAAUAUGUGGUCUUUGUAUAACCCAUCCACUUCUAAUGUCCUAUCCCUGCCUCCCCUGAUUAUGAAAGACGGAGAUUAUCAAUCUAUCAGGGAAUGCUGUUUGUCGGCCCCUCCUAGUGAUCCCAAUUCAGUUUUCUUGUUAAUGAGAGCCAAUAAGCCUACCUUUGUUUUCUGUCAAGUAUCACCAAAAAGAAAGAAAAGCCUAAGAAAGAAGCCAAGGUGGAUUGAGAUGUCAUACUCUAAUCAACUUAAGAAAUUCACCUUAAAUGGUGAAUUACUAUAUAGCCUGAACUGUUGCAACGGUAAAGUAUAUGCCUUAAAUACCAACUCUGUAAUGUGUGAGGUUUUUAUACAGAUUGAUAUUGUAGUUAAGGAUAUAGACGUUGUGAUAAAGCUACUGUUCUUUGGAACAAGCCCGGAUCUUCCUUCUGAUCGAUGUGAACACUGGAUUCAUUUCCUGAAAGGAUCCUGUUCGGAAUUAUUCUACAUUACAGUAGGUUUUGUACACAUUCCUGAAAGGAUCGAUGUGAACACGGAAUUAUUCUACAUUACAGUAGGUCGUGAUAACUCUAUAUUUUACAGCCCUACAGUUGCCUCGGAGUUUGGGGGUUUUGUACACAUUCGUGACAAAAUGGACAAAGUAAUUUAUUGUUACAACGUCAACUAUCAGACCAUCAUCCAGUACCCUUUACCUUCUCUAUCCCAACCAACAAAUCAUGUGUUGUUAUGGGAAUGCAGUUUACAAGGUGACAAUGAAGAAGCAAAAUCUAUAGUUGAUAUGAAAAAAGAAGAUGAAGCAAUAGUGAUGAAAUCAGUUACAGAUGACCCCAUUGGAAUUGAUGAUUCAGGCCUUCUUUGUGUCCCACUUGAUAUUUUGGCAGCGCUUAUGGAGUUUUGUGUUGGUCUGGAAUACAUGAACUUCCGUGCUACAUGCAAACGUCGUUAUUUUGCAGCACCUCUAAUACAAUGGAGUGACGAAACAGCAUUAAAGAGACUGCAAAAUUAUUCUUUACCAUCACCAUGGCUGAUGGCUUUGCAAAAACAUCAAAGGGUUAUCGUUUUCAAUGAUCCGAUGCUGGGGGGUGAAUUCUAUAUGAUGAAUUCACAGAUAUGGGCAAUUAAUGAGACAAUUUAUUGUUCUAGGUUUGGUUGGUUGUUGUUUGAAAUAAGUGACUUAUGCUUAGUGUUCUUUAACCCUUUCACAAAUGAUCUUCGCGAGCUUCCAAAUCCGGGUUAUUAUCUUCAAAGCUUAUGCUUCUCAGCCCCGCCUACUUCCCCGGAUUGUAUGGUGGUUGGAUAUAAUCAUAUACGCGAAUGGGAGAUUUUCGUCCAUUUCGUAGCUCAGGAACCACCCUGUUGGCGUAGGUUUCGUAUAAGUCCCGAUCCACUUUCUCUUUGUUGUCCAACAUUAUUUGGCCAUGAUCUUUAUGCCUUGUCUAGCAAUAGAGAACUCGUUCUUUUCAAUAAUUUGGGUGAAGAAGAUGUUGCUUGGAAGAUUUUCGAAGCCAAAGCACUGACAAGUUCUUGCAGAUCUCAGGUACGAUAUUACUUGGUAAAAUGUGAUGAACAUUUAUUACUAGUUAUUGUUGGUGCGAUUGGAGAACCCGUUGAUAUAUUCAAACUUAAUGACUCUACUCAAGAAUGGGAAAAAAUAAAUGGCAUAGGAAAGCACAUGAUAUAUAUUUGUGAUGCGACAUGUCUAUGCAUGGAAGCCAAAACCCGAGAAAUGGAGAAUAAGAUCUACCUUCCAAAACUAUGUUCUACAAAUGGCAAGAUAGUCUUCUAUUCGCUGGAAACAUGCACGUUUCACACUUUUAAUGGCGAAAACAUCCAAGAAGAUGCAAGGGAUGUCUCAAAUGUGGAUGUCUCAAAUGUUGCUGCACUACUUUGUGCUCAUGCAUGGGUUGAACCAAGUUGGUUGUGCUGAUUUUGUUAUUUGUAUUUAUAUUUUACUUUUAUUUUAUUUUUAUCUUAGACCUUGUUUGUGCCGAUGUGGGGUUAUUUGUAUCAUUGUAUGGAGUAUAAAUCGAUCAGCCGUUCAAAAAUAAGGCUUGAAUAUUAUUGUUA